CGUGGAAAUAUUUCCAUAAUUGCUCGGCGGACACUUCUCACUUAAUAAACCAAACCUGAUCCUGCUGAGUAUCAACACUCUUACUUGAGAUGCUUGAAAUAGCAUUGCAUUUGAACUAAAAACAUGUCAAUCAUAAAGGCCAAACAAACUUGUUGCAAAUCAAAAUCUUACUAAUAAGAACAACAGCUAGUUAAACGCUCCUAAAAUUGUUUAUUGUAUUUAUUAAAGAGUUCUGUGGAGAGUGGAUUAUAGAUUACACCUUACCAAUAUAAGACAUUGCUUUUAAAGAAGUUUCUAAGGAUCUAGAGCAGAUUUCCCCCAGUGCACCCAUUGAUUUGCCUAGUCAAAGUGGAGCUCCAAUCAAUAUACAACAUGUGCGGCGAUGUUGCUCAAGUUGUAGCUGCCGGCCAUGUCUUGUUUGGGUUUUGAGUUUGCAUUUAACUUGCGGUUGACUUCGUCGUCGGCGGUGUCUUCAAUUCAAAUUCUGCGCCAGAUCGAAACCAGUGAAAGUUUAUUAAAGUUUCAAGCUCGGCAGAGCUCUUCAUGCUCACAUGUCCAUAUGACCGACCGUAGGUAUGUCUAUAUGUCUGAUGGGUCGCACGCUAACGGUUCAGAGUGCCAUAUUGUUCCGUCCGAUUUCUAUAAUGGCCAUAAAAUUCUAUUGUAACGCAGUCUGAGAUGCUUUAAAUGCCGAAACCACUAGAUCAUUGUAUUUAAUUCAGCUGCCCAAAAAGGUUUGGCGGGGAAUUAUAUGGAGAGUGCUUCAAGCUCAGACAGAUAGAAUCAAUUUAAAGACUGUUUGAAAAUUAAUUUAAUGGUUUUGUAAAGCAAUCUUGUUAAUUAUUUAAUUUGCAAAAAGAUAUUUGUAAGCUAAGAUUUCAAAAGCAAGCCCACUCAACCUUCACUUUUAAAUGAUUCACUUAUUGACUAUUGCAUUAAGUGCCUAACAAAUCUUAAAAAAAUCUGCAGUAAAUUUUAUUAUUUUAAGACUCCAGUACAAAAAGCCACCAAUCAUUCGAUUCACUUUCAAAUGCCGCACACGAUGCUCCGCGGCCACAUUUCAUGUUUACAACUUAAUCUGAUCUGGCCAGGAAAAAUAAAUCAGAAUUUCCAGUGAUUAUGCUAAUAUUUUACGAGCUACUGUUAUGGCCGCUCCUCAGGCAAGGUGAAUUAGCCAAAUGGCCGGCAACUUGGCCCACAUGCCCAGCAGUCCAGCAGCAGUUUACAGUUGGCCAGCUGGAAAAGUUAGGGUCUACCACAUUACCAUAGGCAAAUGCGUCACCCAUCAUCAAGCCGAGGCGUAGCAAUUUCAGUGACUACCAACCUAUAGUAAAUAUAUAACUACAAGUAAGCCACGCAGUGAAAGUUCAUUUGAUACUGGAUAUUAGCUGGCACAGGGAUUAUUGGCAUUGCCAUCGAAUUACCAUACGCCCUAUGGUACCACCGAAAUGUUAAAGAAAAGUGAAAAGCCCAGAGGCCAAGGCGAAAUCAUUGGACCAAAUGGCAAAUGCCAAAUGGCAGCUUGUGUAGGAUUUUUGGCCAGAAUGGCUGCUAAGCAGCUUCCAAGCAGCUGGAAAUAAUGUGCCACAUUUGUCGGCCAAAGAGGACAGCUGCCAAAUAUCGAAGAUGCUCGCCAGGGAGUACACUGCAAGAAAUACUGCUCGCUCAAGAUUAGUCAAGCUUGUAUUUCAUAUUCUCAUUCAAUAAUAUUUUAAGUAUGCAUUAAGUGAUGUUACAAAGUUGUUGCAUUAUGUUUAUAGGUAUUGAAUAUAGUUUUUCAUUAUAUUUGCUUAACUCAAGAUCCUAAAUAAUUGUCCAAAAAUAUUCCUUUGAGUGCAUCACGAAGUGGCUUUCUUCGACUUCCCCAGAGUCGUCGAUUUCCCUUCCUGGCACUCCUUGGCUCCCUAACUCUGUGCAUUCUGGCACAGGUUUUCCUUGUUGCUAUUCGGUUUUCUAGCGGCGUGGGUCGAAUUCAGCAGGAUGUUAUCUAUGGGAUGUCACUACGAGUUGCAGAGGUAUCACCGUAUCUGGACCUGGCCUUGUGUCCCAUCAGAGCGGAACCCUGGACCUGUGCGCGCCAACAAUCCGGUCGGAUACUGGAUGUUUGGGAUGGAGAACUGAAUGUCCAAUGGCAGAAACUUAAAGUCGAGGCCGAUCGGCAGAUGAACGCCACGAUCGAGAGAAGAGGCUACAGCACCUCGGAGUUGCCUGUGAAAGAGAAGCCAUCGACGAUACUGAAGAAAAUUGAGAUCGGCACGAAUUACAUGAAGAAAUACCUGGCCGAAUCCAUGGACGGCUUCCUAGGUCGCGAAUACGAGUAUCUGCAGACACCGAAAGCGGCGGAGGAUGAUAGUGAAACUGACCAGAGUGGAAAUAGUGCCGAAGAUGACGAUGAGGCGGAUGCGGAUGAUGCCAGCAAUGCCGCGGAGGAGGAGGAGAAUGCAGAUGAUGAGGAUGCGGAGGCGGAUGCCAAUAAUGAGGAGGAUGACGAUGAGGAGGAGGAUGAUGACAGGGAUGAGGAGGACGACGACUCGGACAGCACGGCGGAACAGGAUCAGGAUCAGGACAAGGACCAGGAGCCAGAGGCUGAAGCUGACAACGAAGACGAGGACGUGGAUGAGGCGGUCUCAGCACCAGAGAGUGAUACUGAAAAAGAAAAUACCCCAAGUGUCUUCAGUGGAGCGCCGGCAGCGCAAACCCAAGGUGAUGGGAAAAAUCCCGUCCUAGCCGAGGACAACACUUCAACAGGUGUGGAAUUUAUCGAGCUGCAGGAUGGCGAUGAAACUGCGGCGGGUGCGCUGAAAAAGCCAGGAGGCGGUAAGCGCAAGAAGAACAAGAAGGGCGAUAAGCGCAAGAAGAACAAGAAGAACAAGCGGAAGGGUCAAGGGUCGGACACACAGCCCUCGACCUUGGUGGUGGUGCAGGCUGCACCGGAGCACCAUGAGGUGGACUCGGAACACGAGCACGGGUCCUCGGUGAUUAGUCAUGGGAGUGCCGAUGAUACGGAAUCCGUGGGCAAGCCGAUGAGGAAACGGAAGCAGAAGCGCCGCAUGAAGGGCAAGCGGAAGCGCAAGGGUCAACACGGGUCAGCCGUGGUGGAGCACGAGCAGAGUGAUCUCAGUUUGGGAUUGGGCCUGCUCGACGAGCUGGCGGACGCGGAUGAUGUGCUGUCGGGAGUCGGCGGGGGAAAACGCAAGCACAGGAACCCACUUAAUUAUGGUAGAAGUAACGGAGUGACCCGAGGCAAGAAGAAGAAGAAGAAGAAGGCCAUUGCCAAGUUCAUCAUGAUUGGCAGCUUCCUGAAGGCCAAAAUCGAACUUCUGCUGAAGAUCCUGGGCGCCCAUCUGCAGGUCAAGUUCUUUGCCAUAGCCCUGAUCGGUCUGCUGAUCAAUAUAGCCCGAUUCUGGAUCGAUGUGAAGCGCGGCAGUCCGCCAUCUAAGGUUGUAUACGUUGAACAUGCCCACCAUCAGCACCACUACGAGGAUCACGGCGACGACUGGAGCGAGCCGGGUAGCUACUGGAAGCGCUCCCUGCAAACGGAUCCCUCGGUCGAGGACACCGACUCCUCCACGGACAGCUACCAGGUGCGACAGCCGCAGCAGCAGUCACAGAUCCAGGAUCCCCACUACCUGGCCUAUCGCAAUCAGUACGGCCAGUGGCAUUAGAUGAACCCCCACAGGUCCACCUGAACUCUGACCUCCAAUGGAGACAUUAUUUAUACAUGUAUUUAUUUAAUUCACAUUCAAGUGGUACGACGCUGAUUAUUAAAUAAUCCCUAAGGCCCUAGAGCAAAAUUAAUUUUAGCACAAUGAACGAAAUGCCAGUAAACCAAUUUUAGUUGUAACCUUUAGCCCCCUUAGUGCAAUGCCUUAAAUGUAUGACUAAAUUUUACAAAUUUACCUUUAAUGAGAAAUCGAAGAACUGUUUUGGAUACAUUCGCAGCGAGCAAACAAA